CCAGUCUCCAGCCCCCAAAUCAAAUAUUUGCCUCAAGCAGGAACACACCCUUCCGCCCUAGCAUCCAUCCAAUUCUACAGUUCACCGUUCUUCCAUUUCCAACCCAUCCAGCCCGUUCAGUUUUUUCAGGAACAUUUGUAAAGAAUUUGCUUAUAUUAUGUAUAGAUAGAAGAUAGAUGAAGUUUCAACCAGUUACAGAGCAUGACGCUAUCAGUUUGUAGGACCUUUUUGCGUUCUUUUUGUUCAUCUGAUGCAACAACCUCUUUGCUUCAUUCCCUAUCUGGUUCUGCAGCUUUGAAUGUACCGUCUACAAAAUAUCUUGGUUUCGCUAAGAAUGCCACAGUUUUCCAUGCCUUGCAAAGAUAUACAACCUCCACCCUGACUCCUGAUUCAGGUGAUGGUGAAUUCCCCCCAGAUUUGUUGACAAAGAAGUGUGUUAUGGAACCUGAACGUAAAAUUGGGCUCUGUCAAGAUCUGGUUGUUCCAGUAACAGACUUCCAUAGUGGAGAUAGAGGCUUAAUGGUGUUAGCAGGUGAUGUUUUUGAUGUACCCAUUAGGAAGGACAUUAUACAUCGUGUUGUGAGAUGGCAGCUUGCCAAACGUCAACAGGGAACUCAUUCAACUAAAACUAUUAGCGAGGUCAGUGGGACAGGAAGGAAGCCUUAUCCACAGAAGGGUACUGGUCGAGCAAGGCAUGGAACACUCCGUGGCCCUCAGUUUCGUGGCGGCGCUACUAUGCAUGGCCCAAAGCCCAGGAGUCAUGCUAUCAAGCUGAACAAAAAGGUUCGUCGGUUGGGUCUCAAGAUUGCUUUAUCCGCUCGUGCAGCAGAGGGAAAGCUGAUGGUAUUUGAGGAUAUGGAUAUACCUUCACACAAAACCAAGAAUAUCGUCAGUUAUGUCCAGAAAAUGGAGAAUACCAAGAAAGUCUUGCUUGUCGAUGGGGGCCCCAUCAGUGAAAACCUGAAGCUAGCCACUCAGAAUCUGCAUUAUGUCAAUGUGUUGCCUUCGGUUGGUUUAAAUGUUUACAGUAUUCUUCUACAUGACAGAUUAGUAAUGUCGCGUGAUGCAGUAAAUAAGAUAGUCGAGCGGAUGCACACUCCGAUUAAUCGCUAGAGGAGCUUAUCAAGACGAUGAUGAAAUGCGGGUAGAGUUUUUUUUCUUCUUCUUGAAAUUUGAAAGUAUUUGGUACCUAAAAAACGUCAUAUUUUACAAUAUGGACUUUGUUGCCCCGUAAGACUUGUUUGACCAAAUGAAGCUACUCUCCCCAUCCGAAAGUUAUCUUCUCACAAACAAACGAAGGUACUGUCCCUCUCCAAAAAUUAUCUUCCCACCUAUCAUUAUGUUGUCCCAAGAUCAUCUUCUCAUUGCCUUUGUAGGUAAUUUGCACUUGAAUAAAUUCACUUCCAUCCU